GCUACGCUACUGUCAAAUCGGUUUAAUCUUUUCGAGGCUAAGAAAUUCUGGAAAUUUUGUGAAAAGUGCAUUUUUGGACUACCAUUAGUCAUAAAUAACUUUAUUGUAGCUAAUCGUGUAGACGGCCCAGAGUCCGCGAUUAUCACUUUUAAACCCAAAAAAGUAUUAAAAUAUCGACGCAUUUAAAUUGUUUUAAACAAUGUCUGAACGGUACACCUUUGGAGGCUCUUUGGCUUCAAUAACUUGUCAUGCUUGGAACAAAGAUCGAUCCCAAAUCGCUCUUUCGCCCAACAACAAUGAAAUUCAUAUCUAUAGCCGCGAACGUAAUGAUUGGAAACUGUCGGAUGUAUUAAAUCAACAUGAUUUACGUGUAAUGGGUAUCGAUUGGGCGAAGAAUACGAAUCGCAUCGUAAGUUGUGCUGCUGAUAGAAAUGCAUAUGUUUGGUCGCAGGCUGACGAUGGUAAAUGGAAACCCACUUUGGUUUUAUUGCGUAUCAAUCGUGCUGCUACUUGCGUGAAAUGGUCCCCUGCGGAGAAUAAGUUUGCCGUUGGUUCUGGAGCACGUCUAAUAUCGGUGUGCUAUUUUGAGUCGGAAAAUGACUGGUGGGUGUCUAAGCACAUCAAGAAACCUAUUCGUUCGACCGUCACUUCUUUGGACUGGCAUCCAAAUAACGUACUGCUCGUAGCGGGCUCAACGGACUAUAAGGUUCGAGUGUUUUCAGCUUACAUUAAGGACAUCGAAGAUCAGCCAAGCCCAACGCCUUGGGGAAAUCGCAUGCCACUCGGUAAUCUAAUGGCUGAAUUUAAGAAUUCCAUGACUUCCGGCGGUGGUUGGAUAAAUGAUGUCAACUUUUCAGCCGAUGGUAACAAAAUCUGCUGGAUUGGACAUGACAGUUGUAUUAAUGUAGCUGAUGCAACAAAUGGCAAUGCAGUAAUACGCUGCAAAACUCAAUAUUUACCAUUUCUUUCGUGCGUAUGGAUAUCACCAGUAUCCAUAGUUGUGGCUGGCCAUAGCUGUGUGCCAUUGGUGUAUACAAUAGUUGAAAACUCUAAAUUGGUGCUAAGUGCCAAGUUAGAUAAGUCACAAAAGAAAGAGAGUAGCGGCAUAUCCGCUAUGCGUAUAUUCCAGUCGUUGGAUCGUAACCUGAGAACUGAAAAUUCCGAUACCAAUGUCGAUUCUAUUCAUCAGAACGCCAUAACCUGUAUUCGCUUGUAUGCGGGUGAGAAGGAAAAUGGCCGUAAAAUAAGCACAUCCGGUGUUGAUGGCCAACUUGUUAUUUGGGAUAUUGAUAAUGGGUUGAACAAUUCCAUGAAUAACUUAAAAAUGUAAGCUUUAAAAGCCAAAAUAAUAUUUUUUACAUAAUUGCAUAAUUUUUGUUUUAAAUAUAUGCGAUUUAUACAUAUAAUUAAAAUAACAUCCAACUUAAAA